AUGAAUAAAGAUGGACUUGAAACUAAAUUGAAUUUUCUCUAAUAGGAAGUAAGAUAACUUCAGGAAGAAAACAAAGAACUUCGAUAAUUACUCCAACUAAAUAAGGAGAUUGUACAUUUAAUUCUGUACUUUUUGAAACCAUAUUUUAAGCAACCAAGCACAAAUAAUAGCAGAAAAGAGGAUAUCUACACCAAAUAAUGUGAAAACAAUUCUGAAAGAGGCUUCUAAUCAUUGUUUUCGCAAUUGUACGAAGAAAAUAAUUAAUUGUAUGCUCUUAAUGAAGUAAUUGCAAAAUAAAGAGAUGAAGCAAGGAGCUAAGCUUUAAUAUUUGAGCAAAUUUGUGAGGAUUCAAAUUAGCGCAAUAUGGAACUUCAAUUAGAGAGACAGAAUCAAUUGUUAGAUUUAUAAAGAAAAUUAAAUGAAAAAGAUCAACAAUUGAUUUGUUUGACUGAGAAGCUGUUUGAGUUUCAGAGCAAAAAGAAGAUCAAACAAAAGAUAAUGGUAUCCCCAACUGAAGAUGUCUUUGCAGUACUGAAUCAAAUCGAGUAGAUGAGAAUGUUGAUAGGCUAGUUGAUUAAGGAGAAUAAGUAACUAAGAGACGAGAAAAAUAAGAUACAAAUUCUGAUUGAUGUUAUGUAGAAGUAAGCACAACGAAACAAAUCAGAUUAUACGCCUCCAAUCCUGUCACCAGACAGAAGCAACGAUGAAAGUCCUAAAAAUCAAUACAUUAAAGAAAAUAAACAAGUAUCCGGUGCUAAAGUAGAUGAAUCAAGUUACGUUGAAAUAUUGCCAGCGAAAGUGAACAUUUAAUUUUAAAAAAAUUCUAACAUGUCUGUACCAAAGUUAGAUUUGGCAAAGGCCUAAAAAUUGCAAUAGUUAAAUAUACAAAAGCAAGAGGAGAUUGAAGAGAAAGAGGAGAUAGAAAUCAAGGCAUUCAAACUUUAAUAGUAAGUUAAAAACAAUUAGCAGAAGGCUUAAACUCCAUCUGCUGGCAAUGCUUUGAACAUGUUUGCCAGUCCUAACAAAUUAUGUGUCUAAUUGAAUUAGUUAAGUGACUAAAACAAAUCAUUAUAAAAAGAACUGGCCUAAUGUCGAUAGAAAUUAUAGGAUGAAAUUCUGCUCUCUAAAACUUUGGAAGAUCAAGUGAGUGAGUUGGAAAGGAGAAUAUCAGAUUUGGAAAGUGUUAAUGAAAUCUUAAUCAAUUCUUAAACUAAAUACGAACAAAAAUGGUAAAAGAUACACUUAUAAUACAUCACUUAUAAAGAAUAUUUCGAAGCCCAUGAUUAAGUGUAUGAAAGUGCAAGAGAUAACAGAUAAACUCUGUAAACUAUGAUGAGCCUGCCUAUGUCAGCUAAGCAUCGAAAAUCAAAUGUAUCUCAAAAUCUAAGGGAGAUUGCCUACACUCUUUACAAUAAAUGCAAGAUAGAGGAAAGACUCAAACAGAUGGAAUUUAAAAAUGUAUCAAACAAGAAGAGAUCAUCAUCUCUUUGA